GGAUUACUAACCCUUAUAUGGGGGAUAAAUGGCCUGAUCGUUCGCGCGCUGAUCCAAGUGACCUCGAUGUUUGACAAGCUUGAAGUAUCCCGUCAAUCGCCAUGUCUUCGUCUCACGGAUACUCAAAAUCCUACCAACACAGGAACGGAUGCUCGCCAGCCAGAGCCAGCAUAACAACAUCUCAUGUGAUCAACGUACAACCGAUCACCUCGCAGUCCGAGCGGCUUGAGCGUAACAAAGCUGCACUGAAGAUCAGAAGUUUGAGUAUGAGCCACGCUUAUGAUCACCCGCGCAAACCGGCCUAUGACCGUCCGCCAAGCUUUCCUAGAUUUGCGGUAAAUCGAGCGUACGAGAACCACGAGAUCCCGCUAUCGCAUCGAAAAAGCGUAGAAUUACAAUCAGAGCUGGACUACCCCAGAGAGUUGUAUCUUCACGAUGGAGAAGACACGCAAGACAGUAACUCGGGAAAAAAAAGUGUUGGUGAAGCAGCCUAUGAGACUAUUCCAGCAAAGGGGAGAUUAGAAAGCUGUUCGGAUAACGGCGGUAGAGGGGAGAGGUUCACGCGUAGUGUAUUAAUCGUUAUUGCAGUUGUCUGUAUCGUGUCGGCUGGAUCUCUAUUGCUCAACGUACUCAUGCUUAAAGGAAUUAUUGAAGCAAAAGGAUGUGCAUGUUCUCGCACGAAUGAUCCGGAGCAGAGUCGAAUCCUAAUGAGAGUUCAAGAGAUGAAGGCGAACGUUACAAAGCUCGGCUCUGUCGUGCUUGAGCAACAACCACACAACUUCAACGACCUCUGGAAGACUCUUAACUCAACGCUAGAGCGCAUGCGCGAGCUUGAAAGAGUGCGCAAGGAGCACGACGCGAUGGCAGUGCAAUUCAAGAUACAAAAACACCGCAUCACGCUGAUAGAGACACAGCUUAAAGAUAUCAACCAUACGGUUCGCAACACAUCAAGACUACCAGGCCCCCAAGGUCCGCCAGGACCACAGGGACUCCCUGGGCCCCAAGGCGUUCCAGGCCCUGCCGGAGACAUUGGUCCUUCGGGGAGCUCUGGCCCACAAGGUCCCCCCGGCUCGUUCAACUCUUCACUGUGCCAAUAUGUUAAGAAAUCUAGUGUCGCUACUGCGGCGGGUGAUGGAGCGGAUUCUGAUAUUGUUGUCACCGAACCUACGGACAAAGUUUUGAUAGGGAUCACGUGCUCAACGAACAAUGCCCAGGGGUACAUAUACGACACGUGGCUCGACAGAUCGACCAAACAACCUGUUCACAAGUGCCACUGUAAAGGAAAGUCAAGCAAGUUUGUUUCUGGUCUAAAUAUGUUCUGUUAUAUGUACUUUUGGCAAUGUCCAAAAGUAAAUUAAGUUAUUUUGGUAUGUCACGCCAUAGUUAGAAUUCUCAAUGACUAGUGGUCUGUACAACAAUGAAAAAAUAUCGUCGUUUUUGGACUCAAGACCAAGAAAUUUUAAUUCCUUUUAAACAUCUUUUUAAACUUAAUUUUAAAACACAGUUCGUUACAGCUGUAACAAUACAUACCAUGUAGCAGUGAACACUUUUGUGUGGUUAUCAUACACCAUGAAGUAGUGAAUACUCUGAUAUUAUUCAGAUAUUAUUUUGUGCGACAAAGUCUAAAUAACAAGAGUAUUAUUUUCACGCAUUUGUAUUUCUAGAAAGCGUGAAGAUAAAUACACAGUGUGAAUUUUGAGGCUUAUUCAGAAUGAAAAGAAAAAAUAUGUUUGAUGACACUUUUAUUUUUCAAACAACACCAAAGGCCAGCCCAUCCUAUCCAUGAUGCAUUGCAGUCGCCUCUAUAAACUGAUUUACAUAUGUUAACUUGAUUAGGGCUUUCUAUCUAUCUAUAUUUACUCGAUAUUCAUUAUAUUUUUAGACAGCAAUUUUCAAAGCAGUCGAACAUUUGUCAAACGUUUUUUUUAUAUUUUGUUCACCUAUUAUUCUCAUAGUAGAAAAUCUAAUUAACAUCGCAAUCCCGAAGUGGAUUAUUUUAAGACUUCUUGCAGAUGUAACCGGCAGCAUUGCAAUGCAUUUUGAGAAGGAUAAUUUUCUCUGUUAUCCCAGCAAAAUACAGUAUCAAAAAGAAUCCAUUUACAUCUGUCAAUUUAAGAAGCUAUUACGAUGGGAAGUGAAAAGCUUUGCUUUUAGAAUGUUUUUUUUUUGUUUUUCGAUAUUUGUUUACCUUCUGUCUAGCAAUGAGCAAUGAUAACAAUAACAGAGAUGUGGCUGACAAGGGCGCUUUGGAAAGUGAAUGUGAAUACUUUUGACAAUGGUACCAUUACAGUACAGCGAGAAAUUUUAAAUUAUCUUAGACAUCGUAUCAGUCAGCAAGUGAUAUGAAAGACGUUAAAACCGAAAUAGUUAUCUAUUUCCUGAAUACUAAACGUAUAUUCAGUUAAAGUAUUCAACAUUAGAUAUCUUGACCAUAUCAAAUGCACUACUAGCAAUCUCAUUUAUUGUAUUCCUUGUAAGCUUUGCUGUAUGAUUUACAUCGGGGAAGCCGGUUCGCAUGCUCGGCACGCGUUAUUGUAAACAUCGCAACGAUGGCUACAGAGCCCUCCUAGGUACAAACGAAAAACUGUUCAUUUCAUAGACAAUUACGAUUUUUUUAGCCCC